AAUCACAAGGUCUCAUUUUUAUUAUCAGGAAGAUCUAUUAACUAUUAUCCCGCUUUCAAGCGUUAGCUGAGCGGCUGAGCAAAACCCUGCGGCUAUGGCGGAGGUCCCCGAGGGCGACGUCAAGCCGGUUAUCGUUAGGGUUAAGAGGAAGGCAACGCAGUCUCGCUUGGAUGCCUUGUGGCUUGAAAUCAACGAGAGGCCAUUCAAACGCCCAUUAAUCGACUUUGAGAAGCUAUCCGUUUCCGAUUCUUCUUCUAGCAAAGUUGAGGGACUGAAGACCAAAAAGGUUCUUGUACAACAUGUUGAGACCAUAACUAGCUCAGAAGUCACUGCCGAUCUGGUGCGGUCUUUUGUGCAUGACUCUGCCAGUUCUUUGAUUAAAAAAGAGAAACUUGAGGAAAGAAGGCACACAUUUAAGGCUUGCAAUCGUGUGCAAAGGCAAGGUCACCUUCUUUCAAAAGCUAAACAAACACAAGAGGAUUUGUCCAAAAAUGCUCGUUUUGAGCAAAUAUGGAAAAGCAGGCGCGAAAAGAACGAUGAUGUGCACAAUGAAGCACUGAAUGAAAUUUGCCGACUGUAUAAUGUUGUUCGUGUUGAUACGGAUGAAAGUAGACAUGAAAUCCCAGUGAGAGAUGAGGAGUUGGAGGAUCACAAGAUGAUGUCUCAGUAUUUACCGCUUUUAAGAGAGUUCAUGCCGAGUGCUGCAGAGGAGAUUGAGUCUGAUGUGCAUGAGUAUAUCUCCAAAAGAGCAUCUUCAGAUGGUUAUGUGUAUGACUUCUAUGCUAUUAAGAAUGAUGCUGAGACUGCGGAAGAAGAAACCAGCAGCCACUUCCCUUUGGUUCAAGUUGAUGAUGAGGAUGACGAGUUUUAUGACGGUCCUGAUGACGAAGACUACGAAACAGAUGACUCCAAUGAUGAAAACAACCCUCGAAAUGAUUACCCAGAGGAAGCGUCGUCCUCUGAUGAUGAGGACGAAGGCAAGUCUCAAUCCUCAAAGGACGACCAGUCCGAAGCCGAGAGCGAAUCUUCAUCUAAUGAAAGCAGAUGUGAUGCAUCUCAUGAUGGAGAGGCUUUGGAUGGACGCGACAUCGAUCCAUAUCUUGAAGAUGAUGUUUAUAGCGUUGAUGAUGGGGAGCUGUAUGACGAUGAAGACGCCGAUUACCAAGAAUACAUGGAGGAGAUUUAUGAAUGAGGCUUGUUCCUGGUAAGUAGUGUCUAUAAUAGUUGUACCUCUGCCUUAAGUGUCUUUUACUCCAUUAUCAUUAUGUACGAGGUUGAUUUGUGUGUGCUCUGACUUCCUUCUCCCUUCAUUUGUGCAUUAACGGUUAAUUGUCUUACCUAAAGAUUUGAUUAAUUCAUAGUCAACUAAUCACUAGUGUAAACGUAUCAAAAUAUCUCCCAAUAUUUGUUCCUCUUAAUAAGAGGCUCUUAUCCCC